AUGUGUCAUCUUGCAAAGGUUGCUAAUGCAGCUAGUCUGAGUAGAAAAACGGUCCGUUUACGCAUGUCUUAUCAGCGGAGCCAUACGCAUACUGAUAAGUGCCUGCCGUGGAUUUGGUUGGGAGUAGUUUAUGAUGAGGGAAUGAUCUGUUCAAAAAAUGAUUUCGAUACGGCAAGCGCAGACGCUUUGUGUUUAGAUAUACGAACUGAAGACGGAGAGCCAAUCUACCUGGAAGAUGAUGAAUACGCAGAAGUGUUUCGUGAAGAGGAGUAUGUCCAACUAGAGGAUGGGACUUUUGUACAAGCGGAACAACACGCGGUAGCUCCCCAGACUUCAGCUUCUGCCAUAUCGCAAAGAUUACAACGCGUUAGAAUGGAAACUAAUGCACAGCGAGCUUCUCAGAAUUCUGGUUCACAGUUCCCUCUUCCACAUCGACAACAAAACUUUGAUGCACGUAUCAAUGCCUACGCAGGAAUAUCAAAAGCAGCUGCAGCUCCUGACCAUUUCAGCCUCGGUGUUAGUUUGUUUUCAAAAUUUAUCUCUUACUCGUAUACUGAUGCUCCUAUCCGACGCCAACCGCCUCUGGAAUUGUCGGAAAAAACAAAUGUUAUUGGCUUUUCUCAAACUACAUCAAAUGCAUCAAAACCGUACUCUAGCAGUUCUUCCUCUUCCACUAUAUUUCACCCAUUCGCUCACACCUAUAACGUCCCUAAACAAAAGAAAAAGCCAUUACCCGGGCAAAGAAAGCCGUGCAACUGUACGAAGUCAAUGUGCUUGAAGCUUUAUUGUGAUUGCUUUGCCAAUGGUGAAUUUUGUAUGGAUUGCAAUUGCAAAGACUGUCACAAUAAUUUGGAACACGAUGCGGAUCGCUCUAAAGCUAUCAAACAAUCACUGGAGAGAAACCCGAAUGCAUUCAAACCGAAAAUAGGUGUUAUAUUUGGUGUUAAAAGUGGCAAGCUGGAUGCUGAGAGAUUGCAUCAGAAGGGCUGUCAUUGUAAAAAAAGCGGAUGUCUUAAGAAUUACUGUGAAUGCUUUGAGGCUAAAGUGCCUUGCACAAGUCGAUGUAAAUGUCAAGGCUGUCAAAACACUGAAGGCGACAGAGCUAGCAGGCUUGACAGGUUAUUUUCUUGCAUCAUAAAGAAGGAGUUUUUCAAAAAGUGGAAUGGAACAAAAAAAAGUUUUCGAAUAUCAUGUAUUCCGGAUUCAAAAGAACAUUUGUCAUCUUUCGCUCCUUUGCAAUAUCUUUACAGAAUACAGCAAACACGGCAAAUUAGGAUCUUUUUUAGGGCAACAUUCCGUUCACACAAAUCUGUCUCUAAGUGUUAUUUUUGUGACUUUUUCCCACUAAAACAAUCAGAGGGUGAGAUGAUGAAUACAACCAGCUCUGCUUUGAUGAGCUUAGCCCAUUCCUCUUCAUCUGUCACCACGGAAUCCCCAUCUCCACUAUCUGAUAAUGAUUCCGACACAGAGUCGUCGAUAGUUCGCAACGAUCCAAGAUCUUACCCCUGGUUCUACAUGACAGAUGAAGUCAUCGAAGCUGCAACGUUAUGUCUUGUCGCUCAAGCAGAAGAAUCGCUGUCAGGAUGUUCUGCCGAUGUACCGAAUAAUGUCGUUGAAGAGAUGGAGCGAAUGGUCUUGGGAGAGUUUGGAAGAUGCUUGCAAGAGAUUAUCUCAAAUGCUUCCGAAUCAUAA